AUGGACUAUCCAUCAUUUGCUUUUCUGCUUAGUGGUCUUAUUGAUUGUAUAACCCAGUUACUAGCAAUAACUGAAGAGCUUUUACGACUGAUGGCAGAACAACAGAUUCCUACUGAACAGAAUGAUAAAGAGGAAAAUAUGGAAACAGAACCAUCUCCAUCUCCUGAGGAAUCGUCACUCCCGGAUCUUGCUAAUUUGUCAGACUUAGAAACAAUACUAGAAUCGAGAAAUGAUGAAGACCUGCUCUUUGAUAUAGAUGAAAUUAUGUUAGGGCUAGAUGAGGUUUAUGAUGAUACACUGGCUGCAGCAAAUGAUCAGUUAAGAAGUGACUAA